UAACAAUCUACAGAAAACCACUUUUAAGGACCAUCGAUUCGGAGCAUUCGGGAUUUAAGCAAUUGAUCAAGCAGCACAUCAGCGGCCGAAUGGCAAGCAAAAGCACAAUUAUCGGAGGGAGAAUGUCUCCGAUGAUACCCAUACUAACUACGGAGUACUCAGCUGGCAAUUGGAAGAGGGCUCCGGGGGGCCUGGACCGGCGCUUCCUGAUUGGGGCGGAAACCCAAACUCUGCCUGUCUUAGUGACCUUUUUUUUUUCUUCUUUCUUUCAACUCCUCCUGCUAUCUAUUGCUUCUGCUACGACUGUUGCUGUUGCGGUUGCGGUUGUGGUUGCGCUUUCGGUUUUCUUCAACUAUUACUUCUUCUUCUCCUUCUUCUACUCCUCCUCCUCCUCCUCCCCCUCAUUCAGGGAAUUUUUCUCGUCUCCUGUUAUACCGUAUAACGACUUCGCCUUCUCCCCCCCUCUCCUCCUCCGCUCCCCGCUCAUUUCCAUACUACAAUUGUUCUAUAAUAUUAGAGGCGCUGUUGUUUGAUUCUCGCCUUCUUGCUGCUCUCCCACCUAUUUGACCGGCCACUUCUCUUGCGUGCGCCCGUCGUGCUGCCAGUUCGAAGGGAUUGUGGCUGCACUAAGAUCAGCAGCCCGGAAAUAAUUCUACACCAGCUUUUAACUCGUUCGGGUCAGCUGUGCUUCGAAGACAUCCACUCCGGCGCUCGUGUCCUUUAAAAACUCCGUUUGCGCUUUAAAAUUCUCUCUCCAUCUCGGGUUCUUUUCUUUUCCCCAGUCGGCUUAUUUAUACUUUCUGUCUUGCACCCCCGACAGACAAACAGUCUCGCUUCGUCAAGAGUUAUAUUUUUUUAAAUUCUUCAACUUCGACUGUCAUCA